GAGCGGCGGGAGGGCGGCCGCGCCAUGUGGCUGCUGGGGCCGCUGUGCCUGCUGCUGAGCAGCGCGGCGGAGAGCCAGCUGCUCCCUGGGAACAACUUCACCAACGAGUGCAACAUUCCAGGCAACUUCAUGUGCGGCAACGGGCGGUGCAUCCCCGGCGCCUGGCAGUGUGAUGGGCUGCCUGACUGCUUCGACAAGAGUGAUGAGAAGGAGUGCCCCAAGGCUAAGUCAAAAUGCGGCCCGACCUUCUUCCCUUGUGCCAGCGGCAUCCACUGCAUCAUUGGCCGCUUCCAGUGCAACGGGUUCGAGGACUGUCCUGAUGGCAGUGACGAAGAGAACUGCACAGCCAACCCUCUGCUUUGCUCUACCGCCCGCUACCACUGCAAGAACGGCCUCUGCAUUGACAAGAGCUUCAUCUGCGAUGGGCAAAAUAACUGUCAAGACAACAGUGACGAGGAGAGCUGUGAAAGCUCUCAAGAACCAGGCAGCGGGCAGGUGUUUGUGACGUCAGAGAACCAGCUCGUGUACUACCCCAGCAUCACCUACGCCAUCAUCGGCAGCUCUGUCAUCUUCGUGCUGGUGGUGGCCCUGCUGGCGCUGGUCUUGCACCACCAGCGGAAGAGGAACAACCUCAUGACGCUGCCUGUGCACCGGCUGCAGCAUCCCGUGCUGCUCUCCCGCCUGGUGGUCCUGGACCACCCCCACCACUGCAACGUCACCUACAACGUCAACAACGGCAUCCAAUACGUGGCCAGCCAGGCCGAGCAGAAUGCAUCGGAAGUGGGCUCCCCGCCGUCCUACUCAGAGGCCCUACUGGACCAAAGACCCGCCUGGUACGACCUCCCUCCGCCGCCCUACUCCUCGGACACCGAGUCCCUGAACCAAGGCGACCUGCCCCCCUACCGCUCACGCUCCGGCAGCACCGACAGCGCCGGCUCCCAGGCGGCCAGCAGCCUGCUGAGUGCCGACGACAGCGGCCCCCCCGACGGCACCGCGGGCCCCCGGGACCCCGAGCCUGGCCAGGCCGCUGCGCGCGUAUGAACCCGGCGCUUCCAGAGUCCACGUGGGCUCAUCUGCUCCGACUGUUACCAUCCUGACAACACCCGCUCGUGGGAAGCCCCUCGGGGCGCCUCCAGGAGGGAUGUAGGGUGUCAGCGUCCCUCCUUUCCCCUGCCCGCCCCCUCCCCGCCCCAGAUUUCAGGGAUAGUCUUUGGAGGGAGGCCUGGCGUUUCUCCGACCUCGGGGUGACCUGAUACACGGUGCAGCUCUGCUGGGCGGCCACUCGUCCGUCGGGGCCCAGGAUCACGACCUCACUCGUCACCUCGCCCCUCUGCUACUGGUGGCGUCCCGCCGAACAGGCAGCCCUAGAUUGCAGGUGGGGGACAACGCGGUGCUUCCACAUCGUGUCGCAUGUUCCGAAGGGCAGGAGACGCUGGACCGCACUCCCGGGGGGGCGCUACCUCACAGCUCCGUUGGGGUUUGGGCCGAUGAUCGCCCAGGAGGCCCUCAGGCUGGCCGCCCUGGCACGAAUGCAGGUGAGCGCCACACUCUGCCCGCGCUGUCCUGCAGGCUGCCCUCGUGCACUGGAGGCGUUGGCCUGAGGACACAUCGGCCCUGGCGUACACCCUUCAGCCAUCGGCAGUGCCGGUGUGGUUCUCUGACCGACUCUGAAACCCCCGACUCUGGCCAGAUUCGGGCUUUAAAAGCUUGCCCAGGAAUCCUCACUGUGCAUUUUCUCGGCAGCGUCUGGCAUCAGCCUCAUCCCAAAGUAGGCAGGGAGCCCCUGCCAUAGAUUCAUACGCGUACUCAGCUCCUAAAAUGCCUGGGUCUGCUUCGGUCCCCAGUCCUUCCCUGGCUUCUGGAUUGUCACCGCAGCCCUUUCCCCGAGCUGUGACCUGCCCAGAGCCAAGGGGUGAGGGCCCAACUUGAAUUGGCCAAAAAUUGGGUCUGGUCCACACCCGGCCUGUCUUGCCCACUCCUGCAGCCUUCCACACUCGCUUCCUACGUGACCGUAACACCCAGAAGUCGUUUUACCUGUGCAUUUGGACCUGAGGCCACUGUGGUUUCUGACACACCCGAGAACCAUAUUCAGUACCUCCCACCAGAGCUCCUGGCUCCCUGUGCUGCACACACUCCCCUUCCCAGGGCCCAGAAACCAGCACCCUGAUUUAGAGUUAGGGUUAGGGUCAGGGUCAGGCUUCUUCUGACUUGCCAUAGUUCCUCCUCUAAAAGACGUGGACAGUAGACAAUUUGGAGUCAAGAUUUGCCAUUCGGACUUUUUUUUUAAUCUCUUAGAAAUGCAUUUGAAACAGUGUGUUUGUUUUUUCCCUUCUAGUUAAGGGAUUAUUUAUAUGUAUAGGAAAGCUGUCUGUCUGUUUGUUUUUCCCUUAGUGAGGUCCAAAGAGAGAUCACACCUUUGUCCCGCUAAGCCUUGAUACGAAGUCACACUCCCGGCUGACCCGUGUACCAGGUGUGUGUGCAUUGUUGCACUUUGAGUUAUUAUUUAUCGAGUUCUUGAAGGAUGCAGAAAGAGGGAUGCCUUUCUCCCUCGGUUCAGUCUCUGUGUUUAUGCUAGCUUUCCUCUUCCUCUGUGGCCAGCCCGCCAUGGGGCCAACUCCCUGGAGAAAUAGUGGGUAGAAGCAUGGGCGUUAGUUGGCAAGAAACCACGCUUGACCCAGGGGGGUGCAAAACUGGAACCAGGUGGGACCAGUCCAGGCAGCUCUCACCCCUUCAGGACUUCUUUCCACAGUAGAAGAAAUUUUCAGCCACCUCCGUGAUGCACAUUUUAAUGAAGCCUGCAGGAGUGGGGGACGGCGUGGCAUUUAGUGAUCCUAUUCUCUGGACUUUUUUUUUUUUUUAAUCCAAUCCAAACUGUGUUAGAGGAAAGCUAGCCACUUGGUGAUUUCUUUCUUUCUUUUUUAAGUUAAAAAAAAAGGAGCCUAGUUGCGUCUUUCAUUUUUUUAAAUAACACGAGUUAUUUUCCGAGUAAUCCAAUAAAGAAAGAACUUUUGAUGGCAGCCAGAGUGUGUUAGGAACCCUGGCUGAGCAUUUCAUCUCCUGUGAGUCAGAAUGGCUUUAUUUUUUCUCCCUUUGAUGGGCCUGUGCUUCUUUCUGGUAUUUUGGAAGUUGUUUAGAGGAAGGGAUUCUAAUUUUAAUUAAUUGUGCAGUGAAUUAAUCUCACUUGCUUUUCUGCUUCCAGAUAUCUUAGGAAAAACAAAUGGUCUUAGUAGAUAAGAAAGCCUAUUAAUGUUUUUUUUUAAUAAACACAGGGACAUUUUUAUUAUAGAUGUGAUUUUUUUUAAUGAAUCUUCUUAAAAAAUAUAUAAAUAGGACACCAAAGCUGCAGGGAUUUUUUUCCUGUUUUUUUUUUUUUUAAUCUCCCUACUCUAGAUGGCAAAUAAGUGGCCAGCAAUAUUUUUUUAACUCAUUCCAUCCAGGAUAUUUUUUUAGACAUUGCCUAAAUCUACACCAAGCAGAAAACUAUCGCUGCUCUUUUUUCUCAAAUGAGACCAGCAAGUUCUUUUUAUUUUAGAGUUAAAAUUCACAUCACGGUAACCUAUGGCUUAUCCCUUGACUCAACUCACUACUCUGAAAUUGACUUGUUUAAAAAAAUGCUACAAAGUGGUUGACAAAUAGUGUGCGAUGUUCAAAGUUGAUGUAAACUGGAAAGUUUGUGUGGUUGCUUUUUGUGUUUUGGUUAGGUUUUGGUUUGGGUUUUUGUUUUUUUUUAAUUUUUAUACUUUCAAAUAAACUUGCAGUUUCAUUCUUUC